AUGAGUAUUUUUUAUGUCAUAUAUAUUAUUAUGACCCCUUUUUUUAUGAAAGGAUAUAUAUGCACAAUGAAAAAUUAUAAUAGCGAAAGAAAUUUUUUUACACGUAAAUUUUAUAGUGAUCAAUUUAUACAAAUAUUCCACAAAGAUGAUUAUCAUUUUUUUCGUUUAGUUUUUUUGAAGAUUUUAGUCUCUUCAGGUUUUUUAACUAAAACUGUAACGAUAGAUGUGAUCGUAAAAAAACUAGAUAAUCUGGUUUUUGGAAUAAAUCAAAAAAAUAAUAAUACAUAUUUAAAAAUUUAUGAGGAAAUAAAAAAUAUAACAUUGAUAGAAUAUAAACAAAUAUAUGAAAAAAAUGAAAUAGAUAUCAAAAUUGCAAAUGAAAUUGAAAAAGAGGUAGCCAAAGAAAUUGCAUAUAACAAUGAAUUACAAAAUGAAAAAAACAAAGAUAAACAAGUAAAUAAAAUGUAUAGAAAUAAAAGAGAUAUGUUAUCAUUUAUUCCUUUUACCAAAAUAAAAAAAUUCUAUUAUCAUAAUAAUAAUACAAGCAUUCAUCUAUUUCUAGAAAUAUUAUACAUAUCAAUAAUAUCUAGCCAUCAAUCUUUAGAUGAUUUCAAAAAAAAAGAAAUGAUCUUAAUGGUAUAUGAAAAUACAGUAAAUCAAUGGUUAGUUAUAAAUUUUAUUCGAAAAAUAAUUAAACAUAAAGUAUCCAUAAAUACAGGCAGUAUAUUAUUAUAUAUAACGUUAAACAAAAAAAAUGAUGCAAAAAUUAGCAAAGAAGACAUUGAUAAUAUUCAAAUAGACUUAGAAAAUAUUUUAAAAAGAGAUUUUUAUGAUAUGCUUCCACAUGAAAUAGGUCAUAAAGAUUUAGCUUAUAUGUUUAAUAAAUUUACAAAAUGUUAUAUUCCCGAAAUAAAAAUUUUAGGAUAUAGAACUAUGGAUGAAAACAAAUUAGAUGUAGCAAUGGACAACAUAUUAGUUGGUGUGUCAAAUAAUAAUGAAGAAGAUAAUGAAAUUCAAUUCAAUUCUGGAAUAAGACAGAAUAAAAAAAAUGAUGAAGAUUUUCAUACAAAAUUUUUUGAAAAAAAAGAAAAUCAAAAUAAGAUAAUAAUUCAAAUCUUAAUAAGUACUACACAUAAAAAAGAAGACAUAAUAGAAGAUGAAGAAUAUGAUUCCAAUUUUACAGUUGAACAAGUGUAUAAUAUUUUAAUAGAUAAUAUAAUUAAUAAACUUCAUUUUUCAUUAUCAUAUAAAGUAAGUAAUUUUUAUAUGGCUAAAUAUAUAUUUGAUGAUUCAGAAAAUGCAAUAUUAAAUGCUGAGGAAAUAAAACAUGAAGAAAUAUCUAUGCAUAUUUUUUUAAAACUUAAAUUUGCAAUAAAUUUUACAUUUAAAAACAUUAAAAAAUAUAUAUUAGCAAAUAUUAAAAAUAUUGGAAAAUUAUAUUCUAUACAUAUUUAUGGUGCAUGUGUUAAAAAUAAAAUUACAGAAAUCAUAGAUAUAGUUGGUCAAUUCGGAGAAGGAAUAGAUAGUAAUUUGAUAAAUAAUAUUAUCAUUAAUAUGAAAACAAAUGAAAUAGCUGUACAUAUAAAAGUAUAUUCGGAAAGUAAUAGUACUAUAGAUAAUAUCAAUCAUAAUAAUCUUUUAAAUGUAAAUCAUAAUCAAAAUAAUAAAAAGAAACUCACUUUUGCAAACGUAGAAGAAGUAAAUAAUCUAAUAAAUAGAUCAAAUUAUUUUAAUAUUAUAUAUUAUAUAAUUGAUAGAACUAAAGGAAAACCAAAACCAGUUGAUUGUGUAACUUGUAGAUAUUAUAAAUAUCAUUAUACUAUUUUAUUUAUUGCAGGUAUUAUACCAUCUUUAAUAAUUUUAUUGACAUUUUAUAUAAUAUGCUAUUGCAAAAUAAAAAAAUGUAAAAACUCAAAAAAUAUUUGUUCAAAUAAACUUGCAUACAUAUUCCCUAAAUUAUUUUAUGUCAAAACUGCUUCAAAUACAUACAAAAGAUUAAGUAAAGCGCGUAUAGAAAUUAUGCUUUUAAGACAAAAACAAAAUAAUAAUAAUAUCCAUAAAACAACUAGCCAUAAACAAAUUAUAAAAAAAAAAAAAAAAAAAAAGUGCUAA